AUGAUAGAGACUGCACCAGCAACGCCUCGCGACAGGCAGGGCGCGGCGGCGGCAGCGAAGCUCAAGGCGUUGCGCGAUGCCCGGGACAUCCUGAGGGAGCCGCUGCCCAUCAAGUGUGUCGAGGCGACGUUUGUGGCACUGCUGGUGACAUGCGGCUGGCGCGACCUCGACCGCGUCGCCGUGGGCUUCAAGAGCAGGGCGGCCGAUGGUCAGUGCUACCGCCACAUCGUGCUCGCCGUGCGCGACACCUCAUCCGGUCUCUGGGGCGCCCUCGGGCUCAGCCGCCGCCGCGAGCUGAUGGACAAGCCGCUGAGGCACUCCAGCCUUUCGGCGCUGGUUGGCGAUUUCGUGGCCGCCUACGCGCUGUGGGGCCACGAGGUGCUGAAGGUCCGCAUGUUUUUUGUGGGCACGGCGCCACUGGCAGCCGAGGGCCACGUCAACCUGUCGCCGAAAGGCCACCGGGAGCAGACGUUUGCGAUCUUGAGCGACAACCAGGUGGCCUACCUCGACAUGACCGGCAGCGGCAUCGAGACACUGGCGCACAUCAAGGAGAACGGCCGCAUCACAUUCAUGUUCUGCAGCUUCGAGGGUUCCCCGUGCAUCAUGCGUCUCUAUGGCCGCGCCGUCGCCCACGAGCUUGGCACCCCUGAAUUCGAAGACAUCGUGGCGCGCGCCUUUCCCGCGGCCGCGCCCGUGGACGGGGACGCCGGCCCGGGCGACGCGCCCGCCGCGCCCGCCGGCGUCAUCGGCCCGCACCCUGGCUUUGCGGCCGGCGCGCGGUCGGUCAUCGUCGCAGACAUCUACGAGGUGGCCUCGGCCUGCGGCUACGCGGUCCCGCUGAUGGAGUUCAAAGAGGAGCGGGACAGCCUGGUGACGUGGAGCGCCAAGAAGGGGCAGGAGGCCAUAGAAGAGUACCGGCGAGGCCAUGCCACCAGCUUGGACGGCCUGCGUGGGCUGAACAUUGCACCCGGGCCUGCGGUCGGAGCAACGUAA